CAUGAUCAGCGCACAGCUGAGGGGUGCCGAGGUAGGCUUGCUCACUGCUAGCCAGUUAGCGGUGUCUAGUAAUUUUUUUGCAGAAACAGACGUUUUAUUUCAUCUUUUCCAACAGGAUUACCCAAGAGAGAUAUACUAGCAGCCAUGGAGACGAUACAACGAAUGUGGUCGUCUUUUGUAACCCCUUGUAUGGCCAGCUUUUGGUUAAAUGCCAGUAUCAUAAUUUGUAGCUAGGGCUUUCCAAUUAGCUCAAGCCUGUGUCUGGUUAACGCAGGGCCAAGGCCAAGGCCAAGGCAUAAAGGAGAGGCCGUCGGGCAUUUGCUGUGUAGGUGGACAGAGGAGGAGAGGAGUAGGAGAGCUUCCUUUGAAAUUGCCUCCACCAUCAUCGUCGUCACUGUCACCCUCAGCUGAGCUAUGUCUUCACCAGGGUGCUGCCACCUACCUGGCUCCCUUUGUGAUUACUCGGGGAACGCUGAAUCUGAUGCUUCCAAAGAUUCAGAGGAGUCUGAUUCUACCACACAGGCCCAAUAUGUUGCCAAGGUUACAGCUAAAGAUGGCCGCCCACUCUCCACUGUUGUCAAAGCAGUGAGCUUACAGAGUGAUGUGGGUAUGUGUCGGAUUUGCCAUGAGGGGGCUGGAGGGGAGACAUUGCUCUCUCCCUGUGACUGCACUGGUACACUGGGUAAAGUGCACAAGAGCUGCUUGGAGAAGUGGCUGUCCUCCUCCAACACCAGCUACUGUGAGCUCUGUCACACAGAGUUUACUAUUGAACGGCGACCACAACCACUCACACAGUGGCUGAAGGACCCAGGCCCUCGUAGUGAGAAACGCACGCUGCUGUGCGACAUGGCCUGCUUCCUUCUCAUCACGCCCCUGGCCGCCAUCUCUGGCUGGCUGUGUCUGAGAGGAGCCCAGGACCACUUGCAACUGAAGAGCAGGCUUGAGGCUGUCGGCCUCAUCGCCCUUACCAUCGCCCUCUUCACCAUUUACAUCCUCUGGACACUGGUGUCAUUUCGGUAUCACUGUCAGCUGUACUCGGAGUGGAGGCGGACCAAUCAGAAAGUGCGCCUGCUCAUGCCUGACAUGAAAGGGGCACACACCACCCAACGUUCGGUGCCGACCAAGUCAACCAAGAAAAUGACUGAUGAGACCAUUGUAUGAGUGCAGCGUGUUGGCAAGAGGAAUAUUUAAAACGACGCCGGCUGAAGCACUCUCUAAAAACAAGAUUAAUCGUAUUAAUGAACUUUUGCACUUCGUAUGGACCAUUCUGAGAGGGGAGAGCUGCCUUCUUCCCCCUGUUUUGUUUUAUUGAAGCACUUGUUGUAAACUACUACGGUACUGGCUGACCACAAAGUUUUGGGAAGAACUCAUUCCGGAGUCAUAGUUGUUGUUGAGACGCAGAGUUGUCACCGGACAGCCAGUGCUGGAUUGUGAACGACUGAAAACGUGGACUAACCAGCCCAAGUGUGUCCAUGACACUAACUGAAAAAAUUACUAAGACGCAAGCUAAUGUAGCAGGAUAUAACAGACUCAGCAUGCUACUACAAUAUAAUAUGAAACAUAUUCACACUACCUAUAAUUCCCCCAUGCCCCUUCACAAUGUAUUUAGCUGUUUUUGAACAAUGGGCGGCCAAUAGCCCAGCGUAGGAUAAGAAUCUAAAAACAUGAUUGACAAAGUCUAUCUGUGAAUAUUCUUUCUUGACAAGUAGAGGGUGACGGUCAUUCAUACCAGUGUCCUAGUUGAAAAUCUGAACCCUUUAAAAGUUUCCAGGUAAACCUUUAUCAUUGCUGUCUAAACAGUAAAACCCAAAUCAUUUUUCUGUGUAGAGAACAGCUGACAUCGCAUUUGUCACAGGGUCUGUGAAGAUUGUAGUAUGUGGGCUCACGAAUGGAAAUUUUAAUCUAAAGUUCAGGAAUGGGAUCACACCUAAACACGCACCUUUUCCUUUCCUUAUUGCAUUUAAACCACCUGUUCAAAUUAGGCUUUUGCUUCCCAUAAGACAGGUCAAAUGAUGUACAUGUGGCUACUCACCGUGGCUUGUUUAAUCGUUGCCACCUCCCACUUCACAGGCCCCUCUGGCUCCACCGAGUGGUCUCAUGGGCUUCCCCAGCAUCACCUUAUCAGCACUUUGGCUCUGCCUGCUUCCUUCUCCGUUCUUCUGGUGGUCUCCACUGCACAACAGCAGUCUCCCUUGUUCCAAAUGACAAUCUGUUCACUGAGGCUGCCUCUCCAGUGGGUUUUGGGGUCCAUAAUACAUCAGAAGGAUCCAAUCCAUUCUCAUCUCUUAGAAGGUUUUGGGGGUCUAGUAGUGCCUUGAGCAGCUCAGUCCUCUGAAGCCUUCCCCUCAAACUGCAGUCCACAAGAAUUACACCAUAUUAAAGCAUCCAUUCAACAUACAUCUUUUCCUGAGGGUGGGGUCACUGCUAGUGAACUGCUUCUGUCAAAUGGCAGCACAGUGAUAAAAAGAAGUAGUACUGAAGUUAUGGAAAAGUGCUUACAUUCUAAUUAAAUGAUGUUUCUGCCUAUUCUCAUACAAGUGCAUUAGCAAACAGCCCUGCUCCACUUGUAAAUGCACCAUUCAUUCUCUGAGCUGCCGAGCAAUGACCAUCGGUAAUGUCCUACAUCACAAGAAACGCAAUUAUAAAUAGAAGAGAAACAGUGUUUUGAAUAGUGAGAUUACAGACUUUUGUCCUAUAUAAAACACAGAAACCUAUCGGGGCAAGCUGGUACUCAGUAAAAGUGUUUUGAGAUGUCAAUCAAUGUGUGCGGCAUAUGCUAAAGUAUUUUGUGUUGUAGUCUUCCUGCUGCAUCCCCUGGAAAGUUGGGUUAUUGUGCAAUAAAACAUGAGGGACUCCUGGACUCUU